AUCAGCUGCAGGAAAGAAAUACUGGGAGCUUGCGGGAAGCCUGCAGACACCAACAGCCUGGAAUAGCAGCAGACUUGUGAUUGCAUGUACGCACAAAUGGCUCGGGCUCCACAAACAGGUGGAACGCGACGCUUUAGUGGUGCCCAGUGGCACUUGCAGAAAAUUGUGAAUGACUCAGUGGACAGCUCCGACGAUGAAUUUUUUGAUGCCAGAGAGGAGAUUGUAGAAGGGAAAAGUGCCAUCCUUAUUGGGAUGAGUCAGUGGAACUCCAAUGACUUAGUUGAACAGAUUGAAACAAUUGGGAAGUUGGAGGAAAGCCCAGGAGAGUUCUACCGAGUACAUGGGAGGAAGCACAGAUGCCCCAGACAGAGCAGUUUUGAGAUCCAUGAAGACAGUGAGGAUGUGGUCUCCCAAGAUAGCUGUAAAACACAUGUCCUUGCUCUGGUCCUUCAUGGAGGCAGUAUACUAGACACAGGAGGAGGGGAUAGCAACAGCAAGAUGGCCGAUGUCAACACCUUCAGCUCAGUAUUCGAGAAGGUGACCAGAGCUCAUUUUCCAGCAGCUCUUGGACACAUCUUAGUUAAAUUGGUCCCUUGUCCUGCAAUAUGUUCUGAAGCCUUCUCACUGGUUUACAAUCUUAACCCUUACAGCUACGAUGAGAACUGCCUGAACAUAAGUGAAGAUCACAUCCCUCUAGCUGCCUUGCCACUGCUGGCCAUCUCUUCCCCUCAGUACCAGGAUGCGGUUGCUAUGGUGAUCAGCAGAGCAAACCAAGUUUACAAUGAAUUCCUCAAGUCUCCAGAUGGAGCUGGAUUUAAUGGACAGGUCUGUCUGAUCGGAGACUGUGUUGGUGGUAUACUGGGUUUUGAUGCUCUGUGUUACAGUGCCAAGACACCUGGAGAGAGUCAAAACAGCAGCCGGAGAGGCAGCGUCAGCAGCAUACAGGAUAAUCCUAUCUUAUCAACUGAAAGCACCACCAACCUGCGAGGUACUAAACGGCUCAGCAAAAGCAAUAUUGACAUCUCAGGAGUUUUGGACAAUGGAGAGCCCAGGCCUCCUUUACUAAGGAAACAGAGCGAUUCUUCUACUUAUGACUGUGAUACCAUAACACAACACCAUGCCUUCCUGUCCAGCAUCCAUUCGAGUGUCCUGAAGGAUGAAAUUGACUUUCCCAGAACAGGAAGCUCGAAUCUUUGUGAAGAAAACAUGGGUCGUUUCGACUUUGAGGUGUCAGACUUUUUCCUGUUUGGUUCUCCACUGGGCUUGGUAUUGGCUAUGAGAAGAACGGUUUUGCCUGGACUGGAUGUGUGCCGGGCCCGACCUUCUUGUUGUCAGGUUUACAGUUUUUUCCAUUCCGCUGAUCCAUCUGCCUCAAGACUGGAACCUUUGCUGGAGAAGACCUUCCACAUGCUUCCACCAUUCAGUGUGCCCAGAUACCAGAAAGAUCCCCUGGGAGAUGGAAAGUCUUACCUUUUAGUGGACGCCAUACAAGCUUGUAGUGCAGUAUUUGUAGAAAGUACUACCGGCAACAACUCUUCUACUGAGGCUCCGGCAUGCUCCAGCCUAUCCACCUCUACUCAAGUUAAAGCCAGACGGUCUAGCCUUUUGAGCAUGAGCAGUGAAAUGUCAAGUUCUUCAGAAAGCCUGCCAUCUGCAAAAAUUGCUAACAUUACAGCUAAUUGGUGGGGAACAAAGCGCAUUGAUUACGCCUUAUACUGCCCUGAUGUACUCACUGCCUUUCCGACUGUGGCACUGCCACAUCUUUUCCAUGCCAGUUACUGGGAAUCAACAGAUGUGGUGGCCUUUAUUCUAAGACAGCUUAUGCGGUAUGAGAGUGUGCAGAUACAGCAAAAGGAAGGAAUCGACACUAUGAACAUGAGCCCCUCAAGUCGCCAGGAGAAAUGGCUGCGAAAGAGGAAUCACGUCAAACUGCGCAAUGUUACAGCCAAUCACCGAGUCAAUGAUGUCAUUGCCGUGGAAGGAGGAUCUCAAGUCUUAGUUGGCCGAUUUAUGUAUGGUCCUUUAGACAUGGUAGCUCUGACAGGUGAAAAGGUAGACAUUCUGAUUAUGAUGGAGCCCUCCAGUGGAAGAUGGGUAUACUUUGACACAGAGUUAUCCAAUAGCAGUGGCCGGGUGUCUUACACUGUACCUGAGGAUAAAAGAUUGAGAGUUGGGGUCUAUGCCAUCAAGAUGGUUGUAAGAGGAGAUCAGAGCAGCGCACAGAGUUACCUCACUGUGCUUCCUCGAGGGAUGGAGUGUGUGGUUUUCAGCAUAGAUGGUUCUUUUGCAGCAAGUGUCUCCAUUAUGGGCAGUGAUCCUAAAGUCAGGGCUGGAGCGGUAGAUGUUGUCAGGCACUGGCAAGAUCUUGGUUAUCUAAUCAUUUACAUCACUGGCCGCCCAGACAUGCAGAAGCAAAGAGUGGUCUCCUGGUUGUCCCAGCACAAUUUUCCCCAGGGAAUGAUCUUUUUUUCUGAUGGUCUUGUUCAUGACCCCUUGCGGCAGAAGACUAUAUUCCUCCGGAACCUCAUGCAAGAGUGCCACAUUAAAAUCAGUGCUGCCUACGGCUCAAUGAAAGAUAUUUCUGUAUACAAUGUCCUUGGCUUAUCACCAUCUCAGAUCUAUAUAGUAGGACGUCCAGCUAAGAAGUAUCAGAAUCAGUGUCAGUUUAUUAGCGAAGGAUAUGCCGCUCAUUUGGCUACACUGGAAUUUAGUCACCAUUCCCGUCCCAAAAAGAACAACUCCAGGAUGAUCCUGAGAAAGGGUAGCUUUGGUUUGCACACACAACCUGAAUUUCUAAGAAAAAGGAACCAUCUACGAAGGACUAUGUCGGUUCAGCAGCCCGAACCACCUUCUACAAAUCCAAAACCAGAGAGGGCACAGAGCCAACCAGAGUCUGACAAAGAUCACGACCGACAUUUAAAUCCACUCUCCUGGGUGAGGAAUGCAAGUCACAAAUUUGAGCCCUCACCAUAACAAAGACUUACUGGUGUUCUUGGGUAAUACUGCACAUUGCGAGUAGGCCCAGAAGCUGUGCAGCGUGAAAGAGCAAUAUGGUAGAUCUGUGGUGGCUUCCAAAACGAUCCUUCCCUUAACCCAACCAUUUGGGUGUAGGCCAAGAUUUUUGGGGAAUUUUAAUGCAAUUUCUGGGAUAAAGAUGCAUUUGAGAUGUGGCACACAGUUUCUUUUCCCCCUGAUCACCAAAUAAUGUUAGGGAAGGAGCAAAUAUAACAAAAACCACAUUUCAGAUCACAAAUUUUAUGUUAGCUGUUAGCAAAUAUAAGUUUAGGAAUAUAAAAUAUAAUUUGUGUAAACCUCGUCUAGUCUCCUGAAGCACAUAACAACGUGCCUGUCAAUUUUUUUGAGUCAAUCCUCAUGCUCCCGCUGUGCUCAAUUGUUUACAACCCGAACUUCCAGGAUGUGGGCAUAGAUGAGCUGCAGCCACAACACUUCCCAUAGUGCUGUGUGCUUUAAGAUCAGCCAGAAAUGUAAACGCCUUCUACAUCCUUCCCUAGGCCAAAAACUCUGCCCACAACACCCUCCAUUCUCCCCUUUCUGCUUCCUCCUAAUUCUUCCCACACAUCUUCGAUAUGACAAGCAGUGUACUCUGCCUAUCCUGUUCGUGCAUUGAGAGCAUCGACCAGCCCAUUCCCAGAUCACAUGAAUCGUGAUGACCAAUGGGCUGGGGAUUCUUAUGGAUGAAAUCAUAGAAGGCCUGGUCAUGAUGUCACCAUAGAGUGUGCAGUCACAUGACCACUCUCCCAAUCUCUGGAGUGAAACAGAAAAAGUAGUCUAAGUGCAUUAAUAGGUUGCAGGGUCUGGCAGGGGAAGCACAGGGAAAGAGAAAAAAAUAUAUAUACCUGAACAACCCCUUUUUGCAGCUGACAGAGUUUAAGAGAUUAUUGAAAGAAAAAAAAAAGAAAAAAAAAGUUCCAGUGUUGUCUACUUCUACGGUGGCAUUUUCUGCCUUUGUGAAUAGGGAAGAAGUCACUUUCCAGUUGGUUAGUCUCUGCCUAUAAAGUACAGUUGUCUAUGAUUGUUACUAGGAUUUUGUGUAAGUUGCUAUUUUUAUCUGUGGACCAAACUAAUUUGUUUCUAAAUGUUAUUCAAGAACUCUGAGUAUCUUUAGAUAUGGAUGUCCGAAUAUUUGUGUAUGUUACCACAAAGAAGUUAAUGUGUUGAGUGCUCUGCUCCCAAAGGCAUACCAUCAUAUACAGAAGAUUGCAUUAAUGCACCUAUUUCAUUGCUGUAUAUAAAUAUCUCCAAGCUCAAAAAUACUGUAUAUGAAUUAAUCUCUAGUAGGGGAUAACUAUUAGAUUGUGGGGGUCCUACUUCUGGGAAUGAGACUGAUCCCAAGAAUGGGGACAUACCCCGCGGAUCCCCUGACAUGAACGGAGCUGCCAGUCGGGCAUGUAAUCUGCUACCUCUGGAACUCCCAUAGAAAUGACGGGGUACGAGGUCCCUGUACUCAUCGGUGGAGCUCCCAGCAGUAGGACCCCACUCAUGUGGAUAGGUGUCAACUUUACAUAACCGUAAUACUCCUUUAAAGGGGUUGUCUAAGAUUUGUUUUUCACUUCCUCCCUGGGCUUUGGACCUGUAAAGAAAUCCAUAUUUACCUGCUCCCUGCCGCUCCUUUCCAGUUCCUGGGCUGUUGUCACUGAACUUUUAGAUCCUGUCUGUCAACUUUCUGCAUGGAUGAGGUCAUGUGCACCUCUGCAGCCAAUGACUGGCCUAAGCGGUGACGUAUCCCCCAAGUGGCACGUCCCUGCUGGGUCAAAUAUCACUUGGAGACAUGUCACUGUUGAGGCCAGCUAUUGGCUUCAGAGGUGCACAUGAUCUUGUCCUUGCAGGAAGUUGACAGCUGAGGUUUGGAAGUGUAGAGAAGACAACUUGGGAGCCGAAACAGAGUAGGGAAGACAUAAGUAUGGAGUUCUGCUUAGGUCCUGUUGACUAGGAAAAGGAAAUAAAAAAUAAAAAAUCUGGACAAGCCCUUUAAGCAUUCUCAUUGAUAAACGCCUAAAGGGUCCAUCAGUGUUUGGUUAGAGUGAGUUUAGUCCUGUUUAGGGUCUUCAAGCAGUCUUACAAUAUGAUGCAGUAAAUCCAGCCAAUCUUA